CGUAUGCCCAUCUGUACACUUCCAAUGCUGAAUGGCAAGCUAUACGUUAUCAACUCGCCCAGUCUCAUUCAGGCAGCCUUACGCAACAACGACAUCUCUUUUGACCCCUUCAUUGUUGAGUUCUCCAAGGGAAUGUUUGGGCAAAACGAGAGACAAGUUGAAGUUAUCAGCCGGCCGACCGUAAUGAAGGAGUUGCUAGACAUCAUUCACUCAUCUUUGUUGGGUGAGCCUCUGCAUAGACUGAAUGUGGUGGCACUCGAGAAGAUGAUGGGACACAUCAAUGUUAUUCAGCCGGAUGAGUCUGUUACUAUUCUAGACGCCUUCUUAUGGAUCCGCGAUAUGAUGACAGAAGCGACGGCUGUUGCUCUGUUUGGAGAAAAGAACCCCAUCACCCCAGAACAUGUGCACCUUCUAUGGACAUUCGACAAAAGUGCUACGCUGCUAGCUAUUGACGUGGCCCCCAGUCUGAUCGCAGGAGAGUCUAUGGCGGCAAGGAGCGAGUUGAACAAACUGUUUCUCCCUUUUUACGAGGCUAGAUGCGAGGAAGGACCUGAUGUCUCUGACAUCAUUCGGAAACGUACUGCGGUCCUUCGAGCCGCCGGUUACAACGAUCUGGACCUUGCUGUUCAAGAACUCAUGCUGCCCUGGGUCGGGUCUACGAACACCAUCCCGGCGCUAUUCUGGCUCUUUGUGAACCUCUUUGCGCGACCUGAAUACCUGAAACGUGUACGAGCCGAGAUCGAGGCCAUCACAACCAUUGAGGAUGGCCCGAACGGAAGGAAAGCCUUGGUCGAUUCUACCAAGUUCGAAAAGCACUGCCCUGUACUCAACGCUUGCUAUCAGGAGACGCUUAGGAUGUAUCUUCAUAGCGUUGGAAAUAGGAGGGCCAUGAACGACACCAAGAUCCAGGACUUGGACGGCCGAGAGUACCUACUGAAGAAGGGAACCAACGUGCAAUGGCCGCCAAUGGUGACUCACUUUAUCGAUACGGUAUGGGGCGACGAUGCAGAUACUUUCAACCCCGAGCGGUUCAUGAAGCCCACUGCACAGGACGAAAAGGCGAGACGAGGGGCUCUGCUUCCAUUUGGAGGUGGACGUCACCUCUGUCCGGGCCGAAAAUUUGCUUUCGCUGAGAUUCUUGGAUUUACUGGUGUCCUGGCCCUUGGCUUCACGGUAGAAGGGCUGGACUUGCCCGGCUCGACUGAUCCCAUCUUCGGAUCGGCACCAAGGCGGCCUGUUUGGGGAGCGAGUGGCCCUGGUUUCAAGCUCGGUAGGAGGCCUGGUUGGGAGGAUGUGACAUGGACCUUUAAGAAGUAG